AUGUCAAAAUUUGAUCAGCAUUUUGGUUUUCAAUAUUUAAAAGGAAUGCAUUUAAAUGAUUCAACUCUGGAAUUAGGCUCAAACAGAGAUAGACAUCGGAAUAUCGAAACACCAUUAGCUCAUGAUAAAACAUUUAGCGAUUGGAAAAAAGAAAUUAAAGAAAUUGAAUUUCUGUAUAGACUGGUUGGGAAAAAAUCACUGAUAGGUCCUUCUAUAUCAUCAUCUCUUUCUAACAACAAUUACACAACAGAAAAUGACAGUUCAAAAAUACAAAAGCCCAAUACCAAUACUAACAAAAUUGCUAACAAAAAAGAAAAAGAAUCGAAAUUUUACCUUCUUUCCCAAAUAAUUAUAAUUAUACUUGUCAAAGCUAAACUUCUUGACUAA